AUGUCACUCAAGAAGAGAGUAGAGUGGAAAGAUCAGCUUCAGGUGCUCCCGCUGAUUGUUGUGGACUUCCGGGUCGGGAUGGUCGGGAUGGUCGGGACGGAAGAGAUGGAAUCCAGGGGCCUUAUGGGCCGCCCGGACCCGCGGGAGAGAAAGGGCCUCCACUCUUGUGGAGUUGGGGGUUUACUGGCACACGGGCCCCAGAGUUUGAUAAAUCUGGACAAUCAAUUGGACAAGAUUUUCCAGACUCUCGUAGAGCGAUUGGCUGGUGCCAACAUCGGCCGUUCGGGUGUAAACACCGGAGACGGUACCGUGAGAACAGAGAAGGACACAAACUCCAUAAGUCAUGGUAUAAUGGCUGGCUCUUACUACAAGCAUACAGGAACCGGAGCUAACCAGUUGUGUCUCCCACUGGAUCCCCAGUUCAACAAAACCUACCCUGCACAUCAAUCCAAAUCGUAUCUGUAUGGAACUGAGUUUCAGAUAAGAUUUGGGAAUGAUGUCUUCCGCACAACAAACUCGGGGGGAGUCCUUCCUCAUGACAGAGAGGCCCAGUGUGCUGUGUGCUAUACUCCGGGAAGGUUGAGUCACCUGAUGAUCCCAGCCCGACUCGAGUGUCCAUCGGGAUGGACCGUGGAGUACCUCGGGUUUCUUAUGUCCCAACACCACACGUACCACAAGUCUGAGUACGUGUGCGUGGACCAGGAUCCAGAUACUCAUCCCGCCACCGCUGCUAACCUAGACGGAAAUCUCCUGUACGUGGUGGAGGCGGCGUGUGGCUCACUACCUUGUCCACCAUAUGUGGACGGUUAUGAGAUUACCUGUGUCGGGCCCCAGAGUUUGAUAAAUCUGGACAAUCAAUUGGACAAGAUUUUCCAGACUCUCGUAGAGCGAUUGGCUGGUGCCAACAUCGGCAGUUCUGGUGUAAACACCGGAGACGGUACCGUGAGAACAGAGAAGGACACAAACUCCAUAAGUCAUGGAGGAGUGGUCUACACCCGCUGGGGAAGAAAUAUCUGUCCGGAUCAUUCGCAAAGAUUAUAUUCAGGUAUAAUGGCUGGCUCUUACUACAAGCAUACAGGAAGCGGAGCUAACCAGUUGUGUCUCCCACUGGAUCCCCAGUUCAACAAAACCUACCCUGGAUAUCAAUCCAAAUCGUAUCUGUAUGGAACUGAGUUUCAGAUAAAUUAUGACAAUGAUGUCUUCUACACAACAAACUCGGGGGGUGUCGUCCCUCAUAACAGAGAGGCUCAGUGUGCUGUGUGCUAUACUCCGGGAAGGUUGAGUCAUCUGAUGAUCCCAGUCCGACUCGAGUGUCCAUUGGGAUGGACCGUGGAGUACCUGGGGUUUCUUAUGUCCCAAUACAACAAGUUCCAAAAGUCUGAGUACGUGUGCGUGGACCAGGAUCCAGAUACUCAUCCCGCCACCGCUGCUAACCUAGACGGAAAUCUCCUGUACGUGGUGGAGGCGGCGUGUGGCUCACUACCUUGUCCACCAUAUGUGGACGGUUAUGAGAUUACCUGUGUCGUUUGCACAAAAUAAUCUUUUCAGUUGAUUUGGUAAUGUAAUAGCUGAUAUUAUCUCUGAAGUAUUGAAUGUUUUGCAUUCACACUUCUGCGAUUAAAUACAUUACACUGAGAUGUUGUAGCAAAGACGCAUGUGUACAAUAACAUACCAGAUGAAAAAAUCGAAGAAUACUUCAACAUAUUUACCUUCAUCAACACAAAUAAACGUUUAU